AUGUUACCUUCUGUAACUUCAAUGAAAGAGUUCGAAACAUAGCCAUUGGUAAGGAAAAUCAUGAAAUCUUAAUUUGAAAGCCCUAAAAAGUCUAGUAAUAGCACUCACGAGAUUAUUCACAAAUCUUGUAAAUCUUCUUAUGAAUAAUACAGAAAAUAAAGAAAUCAAUAAGAAACUAUUUAGGUUCAGAAAUUGUUCUUUAGGAACCAACCCAGUUCAUCAAGGGAGACGCCUCCCUCUUUUCUAAUAACUCGACACUUUGAUAGAAGGCCUGAGGUCAAAGAGUCCACAAUCUAAGAAACAAAAUAUUAAGAAACUAUAAAAUUUCACAAAGGAAUAUUACAAUAGGAUCAAAAUUAAAGAGAUAAUAAACUGGUUAAGAGUUACUCAAGAUUUCGUUUGUAGGAGAACGUUUGCCAAAGACAAAUCAUUACAUCUCAGCAUUCUUAGAGAAUCAAAACAACCAGUGGUUAAGACUGCCGAUUUUUUGUUAAGCAACAUGGGUAUAUCCUUAUUUGAUACCUUAGGAUGAAAUAGAUAGUUAUUGUAAAUUAGUUGUAUCUGAAUACAAAUACUUUGUAGUAUAUCUUUAUGUAUGUACCUGAUCACUCUGUAAAGGACAAGCAUGUAUUCCAAGAAUUUGUAGCCGUGGUUAAAAAUAGGUAUGAUUGUAAAUUAUGUGACACUUCAGACUGAAGAUAAAUUCCAAGAAAUUAUAUUUCUAUUUGAAAGAUGGAACCCCCAUUUACUCUCAUCUUGAUAUUCCAAUCAAUUAGAGUCUCCUUAUUUAUUCUACCUCUACAGUAUACAAGGAAAUAUUCAAUCCUUAAUUAUUGUACCUCGAGAAUUGUUGUAAAUAACACCAAUGCGAAUAAUCCAUUAGAAGAACAGAACCUGAUUAUUCACAUCAUGUUGAUGGCAUAAUAAACACUCUUAUUUAUUAGAAUUAUCAAUCGGUGGAUCAAGAGUAUCGAGUAGAAACAAUGCCUGAGGAAAUUGAAAUCACUUAAGAGUUUUUAACAUCAAAGGAAUUGAAACAUUCAUAUGCUGAAAUCAAAAGAAAUUCUAAUUUCACUCCGAUAAUCAAUUAGAUGUGUAGAACUAAUAAGACUACAAAGUAAAAGAAUUAGUAUCAAGAAUAUAUGUCAACAGAUUACAUAGUAAAGAAUCCUAAGAUUGAGAAGUUAGAAAAGAUUGAAGGAUGGUAUGAUUAAGAAUUGAAGAAAAUUAAAUUUAAGGAGGACGAUAAUUAGAAUGAAGAUUUGAUGGCUAUUCACGUAGAAUAAGUAUCAAGUCAAAAAUUUAUAGAAAAGUAUGAAUACGUUUAUUACAUAGUCAAAUUUAAUAGGCUGCUCAACUUCUGGAACCUCUAUUAAAAAAAUUCUUGCAUAGAAAAGCAUAUAUUUGUGAUGACGAAGCCCCUGAAGUGAAUUUUAACAAUGACCAAAAGGAGUAGAUAAGAAAUACAACCAAUUUUAUAGAGAAGAACACAUAAGAACUAAUAACAAAGAAAGGAAGCUUACAUAAAUUAUUGAAUAUCAAUAAGGAAUUAUUUAUUCAAGGAAUUCCGAAAAUAUUGAAGGACACUAAUUUUUCGAGAUAUGAAUUGCAUAACACUUACAUUUUAUUUUGUGCUUUACAACAAAUUACUUCCUAGAGAUAUCGAUACUACAAUGUAGACGAUGGAGUUGAUUAUGACACCUAUAGAACAGGGAUAUACUAAAUUUUCAUGUAAAGUGAGUUCCUGGCAUAAGAAAUUUUCAAUAAAAUAGAUUUUAAUUAUAGUGGAUUUUUGAAUUGGAAUGAAUUUUUGAAAUUGAUGGUUAGUAUAAGGGCAAAAACUUUAAUUGAAAAGUUGGAUCUCUUUAUUUAAAUAUCUGAUUAAGAUGGGAAUGGAUAAUUGUGUUGGGAUGAGAUCUAUCAAUUAUCUAAAGUUUGUUUGGCAAAAUACAUUUAGAACACUGAUGAUUUUUUGGAUAUGCUUUGUGAAUAUUAUACAAGAUUGAUAUUUAAGGUGGUAGGCAAAGAACCCCAUGAGGAAAUCCCAUUCUCUGCAAUUAAGUAGGCAAUCUUAGAUCAAAAGGAAGAUUCAGAUUUAUUAUGUAUGUUUUGUGGAGCUGAUAUUUGA